GUUUCCACUGCAGAAAAACAGGGCAUGGAAUGGACCAGUGUCCAGAAAUGGAUAGAGAUGAAGAAGAGAAUGGAAAUGGUAUCUGUUACCGAUGUGGCUCCACAGAACAUGAGAUCCAGAAAUGUAGAGCAAAGGUUGACCCUGCUUUAGGAGAAUUUCCAUUUGCAAAAUGUUUUAUCUGUGGUGAAAUGGGGCAUCUUUCAAGAUCCUGCCCUGAUAACCCGAAGGGACUAUAUGCAGAUGGCCGUUGCUGCAAGCUGUGUGGUUCAGUAGAACAUUUUCAGAAGGACUGCCCAGAUCAUCAGAAUACGAGUAAUUCCGUUUUAACUGUUGCCCGAUGGACAGAAGGAAUGAGUGCUGAUUACGAAGAAAUCCCGUUGCCUUCAAAUACUCAUAAAGCAAAACCUAAAGUUCCAAAAACUGUAAAUUUUUAAAUGGAUCUUUGAAAUGAGAAUUGCAUCGAUUAGCUUGUAGGGGAAUCCUGCAACUCAUCUGAAGAAUAUUUGUGUUUUGAUUUAAAAAUUUGAAUGUUAUGUUGAAAUGGGAAGCGUGAAAAAAAUCAAUUUAAUGCCAGCAGGUGGGGCUAUUGUGUGCCAAAUCCAGGCUUGCUGCAAUUUAAAACUGUUCAUUGCACCUAAUUCUAAUAAAUGGUUGUAUACAAUUGAA